CGCUGCGGCGGUGAACUCAUUGUUGUGAAAUGUUGAAUUAGGAGGCGAUAUGACCAUUGAUAGAGUUCUCUGAAGGAAUUCAUGAAGUGAUCUGCAGGAAACCCAAGCUUUCGGCUGCUUCUAUCCUCCAGUUGCGGUGUUUUUUUUAGUUGUUUUUGUGCACGAGUUGUCUGCGCUGCCGGUGUUAACUGGGCGCCUUCUGAGGUGAUUUGUGAUUUAAUGUGAUCUUUGCUGGCACCGGAUGGAGCCCCGGCAGGUCACCGGGGUGUACAGGGAGCUCAGCGGGCUCCACACGCUUGUUUGGGCUCAUGUGAGUGAGGAGCAGCUGCCGGAAGUCCGGAUCUACACGGUGACAGCAGAGUGGGGUCAGACCGACAUGGUCCGAGGAGCCAGAAUUCGCUUCUCUCAGCAGUGGACUGUGAUCGCAGACAGCAACAACCACAAGAGCAUCAGGACAGUCCUCCCACCAGGAGUAUGUCUGCCCAUAUCUGGAGAGUUGUUGAGUAGUCGCUCUCCUGUUCAGAACCUCAGGGCUGUUGUCAGGGACAUAAGUGGACACCAUCUCCUGGAGAUUUGGGACCGCCAAGGCCUCACAAAAUGCCUCAACCUGACUGCCCUCGACAAACACGGCAGAGUGUAUGAAGACGCUCAGUUUGGCUGUUUGUCGUGGUCGAGGUGUGAGAACAAGCUGCUGUACAUAGCAGAGAAGAGCAGGAACACAUCAGAGGACACUCAGGAAUCUGCAUACAUGAAGGACAGGAAUGUGUACUGUGAGGACUGGGGUGAGGCUCUGACCAAUAAGAGCGUCCCGGUGAUUUGUGCGGUGGAUUUGCAGAACGGCACAGUCGCUGUGCUGCAGGGUGUCCCAGCCGACGUCUCCCCUGGACAGGCUCUGUGGGCUCCCGGCAGUCAGUCAGUGUUUUUCAUCGGUUGGUACCAUGAACCCUUCAGACUCGGACUGAAGUUCUGCUCCAACCGCAGAUCAGCUUUGUUCAGACUCGACCUGGAAGGACACUGUGAGCGUCUGUCUGGAGACAACCUGUCGGUGUCGUGUCCCAGGCUGAGUCCAGACGGGUCCACGCUGAUCUACCUGCAGGGCGGAGUGUUCGGGCCUCACAGCCAGUGCCUCAGUGUGCAGCAGCUGGACCUGAGCAGCGGGAAGACGUCCACACUGCUGGAUGUUGUCAACAGACCUCAGAACGGUGGGUUUGCAGGAGUGUAUGAAGCUCUGCCGUCCUGCUGCUGGUCUGCAGACAGUCAGAGAGUUGUGUUCAGCAGCGCCCGCAGGAACUGGAAGGAUCUCUUCCUGGUGGACAGAAGAUCAAAGAAAGUCUCCUCCCUCUCUGAUAAUCUCUCUGAUCCUUCCCAGGUUUAUGGCAGCUGGAAGCUGCUGACAGUCCAGAGAGACCUGAUGGUCGUCUCCUGUUCCAGCCCGAACACACCUCCCACUCUGAGGAUAGGAUUCCUCCCAUCAUCAGAUGAGGCUGUAACCUGGCGAACUCUGCAGCAGCCUCUCAAGACCUUUGACUUCCAGUGGUCAGUGUUAGAUGUUACACCUCCACCAGAGGAGGACAACACGUACUACUCUGGUUUAGACUUCGGGGCCGUCUUGGUCAAACCGUCUCGUCCCCUUCGUGAGACCAGGAUACCUCUGGUCGUCUACAUUCACGGUGGCCCUCACUCCCAGUUCCCUGCAGAGUGGAACUGCACCACAGCUGGACUGGCUAAACUCGGCUUCGCUGUGCUCAUGGUGAACUACCGGGGAUCCACAGGGUUCGGCCAGGACAGCAUCCUGUCCCUGAUUGGUCAGAUCGGGAGCCAGGAUGUAAAAGACGUGCAGAGGGCUGUUCUCACUGCGCUGCGGAGCGACGCGACUCUUGACCCCCAACGCCUGGCUGUGAUUGGCGGCUCUCACGGUGGUUUCCUGUGCUGUCAUCUGAUUGGUCAAUACCCAGACAUCUACAAAGCGUGUGCAGCCAGGAACCCGGUCAUUAAUGCCGCUACGUUACUGGGAACCAGCGACAUAGUGGACUGGCGUUACAACAGCGCAGGCUUUCAGUACUCAUACGACCAGAUACCUACUGCCGAAGCUCUGGCUGCCAUGUUACAGAAGUCCCCCAUCUCACAUGUUGCUCAGAUCAGGGCUCCAGUGCUGCUGAUGUUGGGAGGCAGAGACAGAAGAGUUUCUCCUCACCAGGGUCUGGAGCUUUAUAAAGCGCUGAAGGCCAGAGGUUCACCUGUCAGGUUGCUGUGGUUUCCAGACGACGGACACUCUCUGUCCAGAGUGGACACGCUGGCCGACUGCUUCCUCAGCACUGUGCUGUGGCUGCACGAGCAUCUCUGAACACGAACGCACACACACUGUGAUGAAGCUGUGCCGGAGCUGAGGGCUGCACUACGAAGCCAGAUUAAUUAAUUAAUUAAUGAGGUACGUUGAGCCUAAAACCAAACCUUAUACCUGCUGAGCUCUACGUUAGUGACGCCACUGAUUGAAGCCGUGCAGGUACAGCAGGCAGACUGUAUGCGUUGCCACGGGAACCUACACAUACAUGUAUUCAGCUAAUCAUGCUAAAAAUGCAUAAAUAUGUUUUUAUGCUUGGAGCUGCUGAUGGAACACGGAUUAGAAAAUUGAUGAGUCGACUGGUAUUUAUCAGAGAAUAUUCAGUCAGAAGCUUUAAUUUCACUUUGAUUUGGCCAAAAAGUAAAGUGAUAUACUUCAUGAUGAGACAGUGUCAGACCUAAAUGCACUUCUUCAGAAUCGUUUUUAAUUGUAUGAAGUUUAAAUUUUCACAGCUGUCUUGUGGCUUCAUAGUGCAUCCCUCAGUUCUGCUGCUGCUAAAAAGAGGACACAAUCACAGUUGAGACACACCACUGCCUUUUUAAUAACAAAUGUACCUAAUUUUGUAAGAAAAAUAUCAGAGCAUGCAAUAAAGAAAACCUUGGAAACCAG